AUGCAUUUCGAGACUUCAACGAGACGGCUCAUUUCGCUCUAUGCUAUCUGCACGGCAGUAUGCGUGGCCAAAGAUUUCGAGACCUUUUCUGUGAACCGCCUCAUCCAGAAAAAUUUCAUGACAAUGGGCCGCAUGGAUCCCAUCAUCGAUCCCGGAAUGCCGUCCGGUCAUGUGCAUGCUAUCGAAGGUGGGAAUAAAUUUAAUCUGACUAUGGGAGACGAGGACUUGUUGAGCUCCACUUGCACAUCUGCUUCCGUGGACGCAGACAAAAGCAAUUACUGGACUCCUGCUUUGUACUUCCAAGAUCCUAAUACCGGAAAAUUCACCGCGGUCGAGAAGUCCUACAUGAACGUCUACUACUUUUUCGAAGCAACCGAUGAUGAAAUCAAAGCCUUUCCUCCGGGACUGCGCUUCUUCGUCGGGGAUGUGAGUCUACGCGAGCCGCCAAAGGACCAGAAUGGUAAAGCUACCGGUGCCGGUAAUACGGAUCCAAACAAAGGUCCUAUUCAGCCUGUUCAGUGGACGUGCCCUCGUGUCUCAUACAAUCCUCGUUCUUGGCCCGAAGAUUCAGAUGGCAUGCACGGCGUGGGUAUCCAAGCACCAGGUGGCGAGGGCGUGAAUGUUGGGGCUGGCUUUCCGGACCGAAACUGUGAUGCAGAAGGGUCGCCCCUACGAGCUGAUAUUCAUUUUCCUUCUUGUUACAACCCUAAGAAGGGUCUGAGAGACUAUAAGAACAACUUCGCUUGGGCUAGUAGUGAGGGAACUGAAUAUCCGAAGGUGAACUGUCCGGAAGGAUAUAUGCAUCUUCCCCAUAUGUUUUAUGAGGUUUACUGGCACACCGACUACUUCGCUAGGAAAUGGACAGAGGGUAAUCAGAAACAACCUUUUGUGUUGGCUAAUGGAGAUCGUACAGGAUAUUCCCUUCAUGCUGAUUUCAUUGCUGGUUGGGAAGAAGAUGUUCUGCAAACCAUUAUCGACACCUGUGAUACCCAGCACAAGGGCAUGCAGGCAUGCCCCAAUGCAGGUAGCGUCAGGUCGGAAUACGACAACUCAAACCACUGCAUCAUGGAAAACCUCGUCCCCGAGAAGAUCGAUGGCACCUUGGAUCAACUACCAGGCGAUAAUCCAGUGACUGGAUGGGAUUAA